UUGGUAUAAAAAAUUAUUAAAUAUUAAAAUAAUCUUGUGAUAAUAUUGAAAAAUCAAUCGAUGGCAUCAAGAUGGUUUGGAAAAAUAGCAAUAUUAUCAGUGUUAUUGUUGAUUGAUCCAGUGUUUAUCAACAUGAUUUGUCAUGAGACAAAAUUACCACGUGAUUGUGAAUCAUUAUGUAGUAAAGAUCAAUGGGGAUUUGUUUCAUGUGAACUUCGAGCAGCUGUUUUACUUCCAAAUGACACGAGAUUUGAUAUAUCAUUACAACAUGUUCUUCCAGUUCUUGAGUUAGCACUAACUAAAGUAAGAGCACAAAAAUUACUUCCAAAUUGGCUGGAAAUUAAAUUUUUACCAAAAGAUGAUCACUGUGAUGCAACAUAUGCACAAAUUGCUGCAAUUGAUAGUUACGCUGAUUGUGUACAUUUAUUUCUUGGACCAGCAUGUGAAUAUUGUGUUGCAAACGUCGGCAGAGUUGUCAAGUUUUUAGGAGCUCCAUUAAUUACAACUGGUGGUUUUACCUAUGAUUUUACUGAAAAAAAAACUGAAUGUUCUGAUGAAUAUUUUAUGACAACGAGAAUUGGAAGUUUAUCAUUUAGAGAUAUCAGUAGUUUUUUUCUCUCAAUCAUGGAUAAAUAUCAAUGGAAAAAAGUACAUUUAAUUUAUGCACCAAAUGGACAGCCAAAUUUUGCUGGUAGACAUACUUGUCAAUUGAUGAUGAAAUCAAUGGCACAAGCAAUAAAAAAUCAUGAAAAUAUAAGCUUUGGAAAUUUUGAUGUUGAAGCAUUGACAUUGGAAGAGUAUCCAGAAAGUUUACGUACGAAUAUUGGAAAUUAUUAUGGGGAUGCAUUUUUUGGUCCUGUAUGUGAUUAUGCAAUAGCACCAGUUGCAAGAUAUGCUGGUGUUUGGGGAAUACCAGUAUUAACAACUGGUGCACAAGCUGAUGCAUUUCGACAUAAAGGUGAAAAUUUUCCAACAUUAACAAGAAUGAUGGGUUCACAUCGUCUUGUUGGUGAAGCUCUACGUCAUAUAUUACAAGGUUUUGGUUGGACAACAGCUGCACUUAUUUAUCACAAUCAUCCAAUGGAAUCAAGUAAAGGAAUGAGUAAUUGUCAUUUUACAUUGAGUGCUGUUUUUUCGGCUCUUAACAAGACAUCAGUACACAAGAGUUUUAAUCAAGAAACAAAUACACCAAAUGACUAUAGAAAUCUACUAACAUUUGUUGCUAAUUCAGCAAGGAUUGUCGUUAUGUGUGCAAAUUCAACAACAAUACGUGAAAUUUUAUUGGCUGCUGAAGAACUUGGAAUGGUUGAUUCUGGUGAAUACGUAUUUUUUUCAAUUGAGCUUUCAUCAAGUGAUAAUAAUUCAAAAGAACCAUGGAGAAUGGAAAAUGAUACUGAUGAAAGAAAUGAAAAAGCAAAAAAAGCAUAUCAAGCAUUGUUAACUGUCACAGCAAGAACACCAGAUAACGAUGAAUAUUUAAAUUUUUCACGUGAAGUUAAAUCAUUAGCACAAAGUAGAUAUAAUUUUACAUUUGGUAAUAGUUCAUUAUCAACAUUUGUUGCUGCAUUUUAUGAUGCUGUUUUUUUAUAUGCAUUAGCAUUGAAAGAAAGUUUACCAGAUAAACCAGGAGAAGUUAAUUUAGAUGGUGGUAAUUUAACAAGAAGAAUGUGGGGUAAAAGUUUUAAAGGAAUUACUGGAGAUGUAAAUAUCGAUGAAAAUGGUGACCGAAUUGCAGACUAUUCUCUUCUUGAUAUGGACAUGGAAACAUCAAAAUUUGAGAUUGUGGCAAAUUAUUAUGGAGCUAACAAAACCCUUGAGUAUGUACCUGGUAAACGAAUUCACUGGUCUGGUGGUAGAUUGGAACCGCCUCCGGACACUCCAAAGUGUGGUUACGAUGGUUCAUUAUGUCCAGACAAUACAUUACCUGGUUAUGCGAUUUUAUCAAUUGUGUUGAGCUCUAUUGUCGUUGGACUUAUUGUCGUUUCCAUCAUCAUGUACAGGCACUACAAGCUGGAAGCUGAAAUUGCCUCGAUGACAUGGAAAGUUCACUGGGAAGAUGUGAUAGUAGUUGCACCAGGAAAACCACGAGGUUCAAUGUAUUCACUAACUGGAAAACAACACCGUGGAAGUCAACUGACAGUCUAUUCAGAUGACAACAUGAGUCUAGCUGGGGGAGUUGAUCGAAUGGUUUACAUUCCAACUGGAUUUUACAAAAAUUCUAAAGUUGCUAUAAAACCAAUUCCAAGGAACAAAGUUGAAAUAUCUCGGCCACUUUUGUUGGAGCUAAAAAGAAUGAAGGAUCUUCAGCAUGAUCAUUUGGUUCGGUUUUCUGGUGCUUGUGUUGAACCACCACACUGCUGUUUGCUAACUGAGUAUUGCCCAAAAGGUUCACUCCAGGAUAUUUUGGAGAAUGAACAAAUUAAAUUAGAUAGAGUAUUUCGAGGAUCUUUGAUACAUGAUAUUGUACGAGGAAUGGCAUAUCUUCAUGCAUCUGAAGUUAAAAGUCAUGGAAAUUUAAAAUCAUCAAAUUGCGUUGUUGAUUCAAGAUUUGUUCUUAAAAUUGCUGAUUUUGGACUUCAUGAACUUCGUAAACCAUGUCCAGGUGAUCCAGAUGACGACAAAAAUAGUCAUGCAUAUUGGAGAAGACAACUUUGGACAUCACCAGAAUUGUUAAGAAUGGAACGAUCACCACCGGAGGGUACUCAGAAAGGAGAUGUAUACAGUUUUGCAAUAAUCGUACACGAGAUAGUUGUACGACAAGGACCAUUUUACUUGGGCGAAGGCAACAAAUACUCGCCAAAGGAAAUAGUGGAAGCUGUCAGAAAAGGUGGAGGAUCACCAUUGAGACCUUUGAUUGAUGAAGCUGCUGUUGAAGAAGAGGUGGCAACAUUAAUGCGACGUUGUUGGGCACAAGAUUCUGCAGAUCGACCUGAUUUUCCAGCACUCAAACAAACUAUUCGUAAAAUCAACAAAGAUUAUGAGAGCAGUAAUAUUCUGGACAACUUGCUAUCACGUAUGGAACAAUAUGCAAAUAAUUUGGAAACACUGGUAGCUGAACGUACUGCUGAUUAUCUCGAGGAAAAACGUAAAUGCGAAGAGUUGCUGUAUCAGCUGUUACCAAAAUCAGUGGCAUCACAAUUGAUUCUUGGCCAAAGUGUCAUUGCUGAGACUUAUGAUCAAGUGACAAUUUACUUCAGUGACAUUGUUGGAUUCACAAGUCUUUCAGCUGAAAGUACACCACUUCAAGUUGUUGAUCUAUUAAAUGAUCUGUACACAUGUUUUGACUCAAUCAUUGAAAACUUUGACGUCUACAAGGUUGAAACGAUAGGUGAUGCUUACAUGGUUGUGUCAGGAUUGCCAAUGAGAAAUGGAAUGAAUCAUGCCAGAGAAAUAGCGAGAAUGAGUCUUGCAUUACGUGAUACUGUCAUGACAUUUCGUAUUCGUCACAGGCCACACGAACAACUCAAUCUUCGCAUUGGCAUGCACUCUGGUCCUUGUGUUGCUGGUGUUGUUGGACUCAAAAUGCCGAGAUAUUGUCUUUUUGGUGACACAGUUAACACAGCAUCACGAAUGGAAAGCAACGGUGAAGCAUUGAAAAUUCAUGUCAGUCCAAAGACCAAAGAAAUUCUCGAUAAAUUUGGUACAUUUGAGCUUUGCUGUCGUGGUGAAGUCACACUGAAGGGAAAAGGAAAGAUGACAACAUAUUGGCUAGUUGGUGAAAAACCAUUGAAUAAUAAUAUACAACAAAGUACAGUGAGUACAACAAUUGAUCCAUCAUCACCACAACAUCAACAAAUACAAAAUCAACAAUGUCAAAGAAUUGUUAAUAUAACUGGUAAUGGUACAUCGUCAAAUCAUUCAUUGACAUUAUCACCAACACAACAACAGUGUAAUAUAAAUAAUUCAAUGAGUACACAUAUUGGUAAUACAAUACAUCAAAGUGAUAAUGUGCCGAAUCAUAAUGAAAGUGGACCAAAUGCACCGUUACUUAUGCCAGCUGGAUCAAUUCCACGAGCUUAGCUCAAUUAAUUUUAUAAAGACAAACAAAAAAAAUAUGUCAAAUUUCAUCGAUAAACGAUCAAUUGAUCAUAAAUUAUUAUUGCCAAUGUCGAACAGAAGAAAAUUUGAAAAUAAAUUAACAAGAUGAAAGAAAGUAUGUAAAAAAAUAUAAAUUAAAUUUUUGAUUCUCUUUUCAUUUUUUUUUUGCUUGAUUGCUUGUCUUUAGUUUAUUUUUUAUAUUAUGUUUUUUUUAUGCGAGUAAUUUCUACAAUUAAUGAGGUGUAAAAUCGACUUGAAAUAAAUUCAAAUCUCAUUUAUACGCAUAAUUGAAUUUUACCUACCUCCUGAUGAGUUUGAAUAUCACUUUAAAUACUAAUUAAUGAUGAUAUUGAAUAAACAAAAAAAAAAAGCAUUGAAUAAAUAACACAAAAGUAGUGAAAUCGAAAUGAAUUGUGAACAUAUUUGUUCAGGCUUGUUUGAAAUAAAACUUGUUUUUUUUUAUUGUUAUCAUUGGAUAUUGAAAUUAUAAUUAAUAAAUUUGGAAAAUAUUAAAAUUACUUAAGCUACUGAUGGACCAUUUUAACUUGCAAAAAAUAAAAUGUAAUUUUAUUUCACGAAUUUACUAUUGAUAAUGUUGACUAUUGAUUUUUAAAUGAUAAAUAAAAAAGUUGAAAAAAAAAAAAUUAGUUUGAUUUGUUGCGUAAUUAUAUAAAUCAUAAAAUAAUUGAUUAAAAAUUUCAAAUUAAAACUACAAAAUAUAACUGACACUUGAAUGAAAAAAAAAAUUAAAAAGCUAAUUUUAAUUAUAUUUGUUAUAAUCAAUUUAAAAAUGCUCAACAAUUUUUAUUUCUAUAAUUUAAAAUUAUGUUUAUUUAGUUUAUUAUUAUUUUAAAAUUUUUUCAUUUGUGAUUAUUAAAAAUGAUGAUAAACUAUAUGUAAAUGUUAGUUUAAUAAAAAAAAAACAAGUAUUGAAAAACAAAGAAUAAAUAAAUAUGUAAUAAAAAAAAUUGUUCAAGUGGCCUCGUUCGAAAUUAAUCGAUCGACAGGUAAUGUUCUUCCUUCUUCUGCGUGCGCACAUUUUUCAAAAUCAUGCACUAAACAUUCAAGUAUAAUAAUAAAAAUAAUACUAAAAAAAAAUCAAUUGUCUUCUGUAAACUAAUUACUGCAGCUUCAUCAAUAUUAUUUCAAACAAAACAUCACAAUAAGCCAUCAAACAAUUGCAAAAAAAAAGAUAAAAAAAAAUUUUAAAACUUGAUAGAUCUUAUCUUAAUCUUUUUAGAUAAAAAAAAAAUAAUAAUAAAAAUUUUACUGACACAGCUACAAAAUCAAUUUUCGUUAAACUUUAUAACUUGAUAAAUAACUUGGUCUCAUUAUACUACCGCAAGUAAUUACUUAGGAAAAAAAAAAAAAAAACAUUUUACUUGAUAAAAAAAUAAAAAAUUAAUUAGUCAAAAAAAUCUACAAAAUAAAAGCAUUCAAUUUAAAUUAAAAUAUUAUGAUUAUAUAUAGUUUGAAGUAUGUAUACACGAGAAUAAUAAUAAUUAAAAAAAAAAAUAUAUUAAUUAUAUGAAUGAUAAUUUUAAAUGUGUAUAUAUGACGAUGAAAGACAGCAAAAAAAAAAAAAAAUAAUAUACAUA